AUAAAAGAGACUUGUCAUUAUCAAUCAUGCUUUGGGUUUGCAAUGCAUGAAAGUGCUCAGAAUAGUAAGAGCUCAGAAUUUACUUUUUAUUAUGUUUAAAAGUAUUAUUAUAUGCCUGUGCGUAACAGUUUGGAGCUAUUUUUUCAGUAAACAUGCACUUAACCAAGGUCAUAGGAUUGACUUUUCAGGAUAUUUAGCUCAGCUGAUUGCUGCUGCAUCUUAUUUUAGCUUGCACUCUUUAUGUAGCUGGUAUAUGGAACCUCAUUAUUAACCCAAGGCCAUUUCACUCACUCACGCCCAAACAGCUGAAUCUUGUGACUUGGCUUAUACAAAGUGCAUUGAUGUAAAGAGUGCAGCUGUGUUUAAAAUGUCUGGCACUUAAUCCCGUCUGUAAGGGUUAGACUCAAGCCUGUGUGUUGCCAUGUUUCUGCAUGUUUAUAAUCUUGACAGAGCUGGCUUCUAGCAUUCUGACCCCUGAAGCAGACGAAUGCGAAGAAGAUGAUCUCCAAGCAGGACUCCUGGGAAAAGAGCCAGUCCAGGAAGUAGAGGAGCACAUGGUGUCAGAGGUGAACCUGAACAAUACUAUAACAGAAGAAGAGAGAGAGGAAAUGCUCAACGAGCUGACCAAGUUGGAGGAAGAAAUUGUCACACUGAAACAAGUGCUGGCCUCCAAAGAGAUGCAUCACGCUGAGCUGAAGCACAGGCUGGGCAUGACGACGUUAACUGAGCUGAAACAGAACCUAAGCAGGAGCUGGAACGACGUUCAGUCAAGCACAGUAUAUAAAAAGACCUCAGAGACCCUGAGCACAGCAGGCCAGAAGACCACAGAGGCCUUCAGCAACCUGGGCACGGCCAUCAGCAGAAAGUUUGGGGAUAUGAGCUACUCUAUACGCCACUCGAUGAGCAUGCCCACCAUGAGGAACUCGGAGAGCUUUAAGUCCUUCGAGGAGAAGGUUGAAAGCACCGUUUCGAGCAUUAAGUCAAAGGUCGGAGGGAAUACUAGUGGAGGAAAUUUUAAUGACGUGCUCUCAUCAGCAGCUCAAGCCAGCGCUCAGAACCCUGGACCCACAGCCUCCGCUAACGACCUGAGAGAAAACAACGAGUGCUAAUGAGACCAGACCAAAUUUGCUAAGAAAUGUACAGCCUGCUACAUGAUACAUGACUGGAGAUGGAGCUCUGGUGCCCCUCUGUGGCCAGGAGAAUACACCGCCUCCACAGGAAAGACUUCCUGAAGUUCAGAAUGAAGUACUAGCCAUGACCAGACAUUUCACUUAGGCUGUCUUCUAAUACUUUGCUAAUGUGCCCAACCUUAAUUGCUUAAUGGUCAAGUGAAGUAUGUUAGAAAUCCAUUUAGAGGCCCAAGAGAAUGAUCAAAGUUUACCCAGAAAGCAUUGCGAUUUCCUUGUUGAAACCUUAAUUAAAUGGUGGUCAAAAGUGAUCAUUCAAAAAGGGAGCAUUUAAAUUGGUAAUAUUUCCAAAAUAUAAUAUUCGAUAUUGAUACUGAUGCUUGAGCUUCCAGUGUUACAAUUUGUUUAGUUUUAAUAACUUCUUAGUUUUUGUAUAAGCUCAUACUUGGUUAUAUACAUAUUUGGUUUCCAGCUCAAUGCAAAACUUUUUUUUUUUUUAACUAGUCCGUAAAUUUACGCUUUCAGGGUUUUUUUUUUUUUUUUUUUUUUUGUGCUCACUUGUUGACUUUGAUGUUAUUAUUUAAACAAAGUACUCUGUAUUUCCGGUUCAGGGUUACCUGUGUGACAAAAUGGUUGUUCAAAACUAUUUAGUCUAGUCCAAUUGGCAAGAAAAUCAACCCAGUACCAAAAUUCACAAAAAUUCACAAAAAUUCACAAACCUUGAAUUCAUCACAAAUCCAUGGGAACCAUUGCGAAAUGUGUUGUAACGUCAUGUGAUACAUUCUUAUUAAAGUACUAUUAAAGCAAUAUCCCCAAAUUCCCAACCCACAGUAACCAAACAGACCUGGCAACCAAAUUAUAUUACAUGUGAUUUCAAAUCAUCAAGCCAUAAUGUAUUUCAGGACUUUUCCCUGUUGGACUGAUAUUUAUUUUAAGUAUGAAAUAUAAAAAGGAAGUGUCUGGGAGAAAAGAGGUCAUCUGCCCACUUUCAUCGACAAGUGUUUCUUAAACAGUGUUGGCUAGGUCAUCAACCAUGAUGUACCAGUCAACGGUUGUGUGUUUUGUCGUGGCUACCUUGCAUGUAGGUAUGUUUUCCAUUUAUUUGACUUUAUAUGUGAGAUGGAUCAAUUUGCUGGACCUCAGGUGGACUAGAAGAAGUACCUGUUACACUGUUAUACUGAACUUUCAACUGGACAAAUCUGAUGCUUUGUUAAGACAUUUUGUCUUUUCAUCUGUGAUGAGCUGAUUGUUCCUUCGGGGCAUAAAGCAAAAUAAAAAUAUUCAUAUAACAUGCA